UGCAGGUUUCUAGAUAAAUUAGGCCUAUAAUUUAUCUAAAUUUCUUUUGGGUUAACACUACUCGGUCCUCACAGUUGAGCUAUGGCGACGGACAAGGCUCCCGAAGAGCAACGGAAACGGACUCUGGAGGCGUUGGAACGGAGGUUCGCACGAGCUGAAGCCGACCUCCGCCGUCAACAGGAGCACAACAACAAGAAGCAAAGAACUCUUAUCGCCACUACUCCUCAAGGAAACAAAACUCCUUCUCACAUUACUAAUCGACCUCCUUCCUCUGAUCCCUCGAUUUCAAAUACCCCAUCUAGAAAAGGUAACGUUUCAUUUUUAGGUCAAUCCUCAUUACAAGAUGUAGAAGCGAACCACCCAGCAUACUUUCAGCUCUCUCAUUCUGUUGACGGGAAUCUUCUAUCAACCGUUAGCGAGGUUUCUAAUAGUAAAAGCACAGUUGAUUAUGUACUGCACGAGCUUCUCCAACAUGGUGAUUCAGCCCAAAAAUACAUGCAUGGUUCUAAAAGCGUGAAAAUUGACAACUAUAUUCUUCUUGAUAAUGUUGUGCACAAAAGUAGCAUGUCUAGUAGUGCUAGCUUGCGGGCUUUAAAGAGCUGCUCAAAACGAUCCAAAAAGCAUAUGUCACUAAAGCAACACAAAAAAUGUAGAUCAUUUGAUUUGCCUCCGGAGCUUCACAAGUACGAGAUCUACAAACAAAUGCAUGAAAUGUGGAAGUGCUAUAUAGAUAAACUUGUGAAAAGUGUCGGGAAAAACCAGUUGUCACAAUGUCUCCUGAAUGCAGACUUGCAUGGUGCACUCAUUCUAGUUGCUCAUUGCAAGCUAGAUGGCUAUACUGGACUAAAUGGUAUAAUGAUCCGCGAAACUGCAGAAACAUUUGGAAUAAUUACAGAAGACAAUAGAUUCAAAGUUGUGCCCAAGAAGCUUUCUGUUUUUAUGCUCCAAGCGGAUUCAUGGAAGGUUACAAUACUCGGGGACAAACUUGCUUCAAGAAACAUGAUCUCAUGAUCUUAUUAAGGUGUUCAACAUGUCCACAAUAUCAGAAUUCUGCAAUUAAGAGCUUCUACAAGAAAACAUCAGGUCUUAUAUUUGAACCAAGAAUCAUGGAGGGAUAGCAGAAGAACUAUUUUUGGUAGAAUACAUAUCAGUGUUACAGAAUCUGAGAAACAUCUGAGAGUUUGGCUUUUUCCAGCACAAAUAUCACCAUAUUUACAGAACUUGAAAAUUGGGUUAGCACAAAGCACAACUCUUAAUCACCUGAGGAUGAUAGAUUGUAAAGUUAUAGAUGCUAAUCUUAUCUCUGCUAACAUGGAAGAACUCUUUGAAAUUUUUGAUAAAUUGUAAAUUUAUAAGAUGAGCCUUUUUUUGUU